AUGACAAUGAUAAAUUCUGCCUGCAACAAAAUGAUAAGGUACCAAAGUUUGUUGUGGCUUUUGGCGAGCUGCGCUUGCUUGAGUGAGCUCGUUGCAUCUGAGGCCCAUGCACCGUUGGUGAAAAUAAAAAAUGGAACGCUAUCGGGCCUGAUCAUGAAAACUAGGCGCGGCAGAGAGUUCGCGGGCUUCCGGGGAAUUCCAUAUGCCCUGCCACCACUUGAAGAACUUCGAUUUGAGCCGCCAAAACCAUCAGCAGAAUGGGAUGGUGUCCGACCUGCCAAGGAAGAUGCAAAAAUAUGCGUUCAAAGAAACAUCUACACUCACGACGAUAAUAUUAUCGGAGAUGAAGACUGCCUGUACUUGAACGUGUACACGCCGAGAUUGCCAACUGAAGAGGACAAACUGAAAGGAGGCUAUCCCGUUAUGAUCUGGCUGCACGGUUGCGGCUGGAUUUGUGGCGCCGGCCACUCCGAAUUCUACGGACCAAAAUUCUUGCUGGACCACGAUGUCAUUCUUGUCACCGUGAACUACAGACUCGGGCCAUUAGGAUUCUUGAGCAUGGAGGAUACGGUAUUACCUGGUAACAAUGGAAUGAAAGACCAAGCGCAAUCGAUCCGAUGGGUGCACGAGAAUAUCGCCGCGUUCGGAGGUGAUCCAAAUCGUGUGACCAUCUUUGGAGAAAGCGCAGGAGGUGCUAGCGUUCAUUACCAUAUGAUGAGCAGCUUGACAAGAGGACUUUUCCAUCGUGCUAUCUCGCAAAGUGGCAACGGUUACUGUCCAUGGGCUGUCGGCAAGCCAGGCUCGGCUAAAAGGAAUGCCAUCAAACUGGCUGAUCUUUUGCACUGCCCUUCGAAGGACACGAAGCAAUUGGUCGCCUGUUUACGCAAGAAAAAUGCCAACGACAUUAUCGGAACAGAUCGUGCUUUUCAGGUAUUUGGUUACUGUCCAAUGAUACCCUUCAGACCAGUAGUUGAGCCCGAUCAUCCUGGUGCUUUUCUAACAGAAGAUCCUGCAAUUUCAUCAAGGAAUGGUCGCUUGAUGGACAUACCAUGGAUGACGGGGAUUACGUCCGAAGAAGGAUCGCUUGUUGUACCAGGACUAUAUAAAAGACACAAUGGACAGCUGCUGAAGAAGCUGAACAAUGAUUUCUCAAACAUCGCACCUAUAACAUUGCUGUUCGGACAGAGCUGUCCCAAAGAUGAGAUAAAACGCGUAGCCUCCGAAAUACGAGAAUUCUAUUUCGGCAAAGCCCCGAUAGACAACGCGACGCGAUUCAAACUUAUCGAUAUGUACAGCGAUGCUUGGUUCACUCACGCUGCUCAUAAUUCGGUGCGUGAUUAUCUCAAGAAACAAUCUGCCCCUGUUUAUUAUUAUUACUUGGCCUACCGAGGUAGAGCAUCAUUCAGUAAGAUAUUUGGUGAUGCUGACAACGACUAUGGAGUAUGCCAUGCUGAUGAACUGCAAUACUUGUUCCCAGUCGGAGAACAAUUGUUUACGGAUACACCGCUCAAUGAAAACGAUCACAAAAUGGUCGACACCAUUACAAGUCUCUGGGUUAAUUUUGCCACUACUGGCAAUCCUACGCCUGAAGUGUCCAAAGAAAUACCCAUCAAAUGGAAGCCAGUAAGAACGGAAGCUCUCGAAUACCUUCGCAUAGGAAACGAUCAUAUUCGAAUGUCGGAGAACCUUAAUUCGGACAGAAUGAAUUUCUGGGACCACCUGCCGAUACGACCUGAUUUGACCGAAAGUGGCAAGCAGCAACAAAAGGACGAACUAUAGAAACUGUCUAGAAAAUAUAUAUUAUGACCGAAGGUGUCGUUACAAAUCGUAAAAUUGUUAGAAAUUACCGGCACAGU